UAGUGUCUGCACACAUGGAAUGAGCUGGGCGGCAGCCCCCAUAACCGGAAGUGACCUGGGGGUGAAGCGGGCAGAGAUUCGACAGGGUGUACGGGAGGUGGUGCUGUGCAAAGACAUGGAUGGGAAGAUUGGCCUCCGCCUCAAAGUCAUAGAUAAUGGCGUGUUUGUGCAAUUAGUGCAGGCUAACACUCCUGCAGCACUGGCAGGGCUGCGCUUUGGUGAUCAGAUUCUGCAGAUCAAUGGCAAAUCAUGUGCCGGCUGGAGUAAUGAUAAUGCACAUAAGGAGCUUAAGAAUGCCAACCCAGAGAAGAUCACUUUGGCUGUGCGAGACAGGCCAUUGGAGCGAUUUGUUACUCUUCACCAGGACAUGAACAGGCAGCUCGGCUUUCUUUUUAAAAAGGGUCGAAUCACCUCAAUAGUAAAAGACAGCUCAGCUGCACGUAACGGCCUCCUUACUGAUCAUCAGAUCUGUGAGAUCAAUGGUCAGAAUAUAAUCGGACUGAAGGACUCCCAAAUCACAGACAUUCUUAAUUCCAGCGGAGGAGUUGUCACGGUAACUGUGAUGCCAGUGGUCAUCUUUGAACACAUGAUGAAAAGGAUGUCCAGCAGUAUUGUAAAGUCACUAAUGGACCAUUCUAUUCCUGAGGUGUGAGAUCGUUUGGAUCAAACUGUACAGCUGAGGAUGAUUUGGCCACAGCUUUUGGAGGGCUCACAUUUUGUUUGGAGCACAAGUUUAGUUGUGUGUCCACAAUCAUGUGAUUUUAAGUAUGUUUAUGUACGUUUAAGAGGUUAUUGUCGGGCAAAGAAAGACAAAGCAAGGAUAACACGAGAGAUAUUUGUUUCAGUUUUUCCUUUAAAUUAAUAGUGUACCCAAAAAUGAC